UUUACCUGGAAAACCGCUUUCCAAGUAUUGAAAUUCCAGGCAAAAGCUGUUUCCUGUAGCAGAUUCACCAAAUCCUAAUCGAGGGUGUCGUUUAAUGGUGUAAAAUCUUUCGAUGUUCAUUUCGUUCGUCGAAAGUAUCAAUUAUAUUUGGUCUUUAUAAGAUUCCAAUGUUUGCAGUAGUAACAACUUUACUGAAUGUCAUCUUUAAAUCAUCAAGCCAUGGACGUUGAUGGGCCUUCCAAUGGUCCCGGAACCUUAAAAAGAUGCUCCAGUGCUCCUAUGAUCAACGAGACUUCUAGUUCAGUCAUGACUGCUUCAAGUUCUUCUGGCUCUGCCAGAGAACCACCAAAUUUUACUCUUAAUUUUGCCCCAUUGAACGCCACUAGGACCAGAAGAUUUAGUGCCAGCUACAGCCAAGUUCCUGGUUCACCAGUAUCCAGCUUGAGUCUCACUCCGAGGAUAAACCAGUUGCGACAAGAAGAGCACGAUGUAAUAAGCAAUUCUCGAGAGCUCGCUCACGAACGCGAAAUCCACAGUGCAAUGCAGAUAUCCCAAUCUUGGGAGGAUCUGAACCUGAUGAGUGAAUCUCAGAACGAUACCAAAGGAAACCGUAUGGGCCCCAUACACGUUUCAUUGCCUGCCAAUAAUUUCGCAUGCAACUCACCAUCUCCAACUAGAUGCUACGGGUUUCAAAGUCCCACUAGAUCGCGACCAACCUUUACGAAACGUCGUAGCGAGAGCCCGGUCUUCCGACCCAGCCCUCUAGGUGGCGUUAAGCGUAAACUAGACGAGAGGGAUAGCGAUUUUCACACGAGCCCGCGAACUAAAAGAGUAUAUAGUUAUAGUGGGGAACGGGGUUUAUUGACAACUACCACCAUAUCACUACCUGGAUCUUUAAGUUCUGUGGGAACACCAGAAAGUUUAUCUAGCGCUGAUUCCCCUGGCUCUGGGUACACUUUCAGAAAUGUGGAUAGUCCCUCACCGACACAGAGUGGCGGUGCGGGGGAACCCAUGAUAGUUGGCAAGACUGAUCACGAUAUGGCAGAAAGUCCGAGUUAGGCUCCUAAAGGUUAAGUUAGGUGUGGCAAGGGAUUGUUAAUAUGCAGCCUUGAGGCAUAUUGAAAGUAAAAAGAAAUCUUUGCAAAAAAUAUAUAUUAUACUGUCAGGGUUCCCACUAACUUAGAAAGGCUGGCAAAGUCAGUGAAUUAAAUCGUCAUCUGGUCUAGGCAUUUUUCGAUCAUUGGUCAUUCUUAUUCCUUCCAUUUUUAUUCAACACUAUUUUAUGGUCUAAUUAUUUUGUUUAAAUAUUUUUGGUUUGGUUUAUGUUGUACUAUGCAGGCUCCUGAAAUACAAUUUUUUUUACCUAGUUAAGGUAUUUAUUAUUCUUUCGACUAGAUUAAAAAAAGUAGAAAAACCCAUCAGGGAAAACUGCAAAAAAAUGAAGGAAAUUUGUGAAAGCAGAUUUUUUUAGUGGGAACUCUGAUACAGGGUGGCCGCUAGAGAAGUACUCACCUUGCAGCCAAUUGGUGAAAAAGGAUUUGCUUAUUCGUUUUACCAUCCUUCCACUCCCUUUCAAAACAAAAAAGAAUUCGAAUUUUAUUACUUAUAAGCUUAGGUCCAAAAAACUGUUGUUUUUUGGAGAUACAGGGUGUUUAAAUAGUAAUUAAAAUAUUGGUUUCUGGAAAAUUGAACAACAAUAGAAGUAAAUAAUAUAAUAUAAUAAAUUAAAUAUUAUUGGAUGGACUAUUAUUAUACGUUUUACAAAACAUCUGGAUUCCUUCUGCAUCAGUUUUUGCUGAGUCUAAUCGACGCAGGAGGACUCCAGAAGUUUUGUAAAAAGUAUUACAGUAGCCUGUGGAAGUUUCUUUGAAAGAGAUUAUUAUUGUAUUUGUUUAAUUUUUGUGUAUCUUUUUUUAAUCUUUUUGGUAACUUUGCACCGUGAAUGCGUUCCUUUUUAAUUUGUCGCUUGAAACGAGAAAAAAAUCAUAAAAAGCAUUCGGUUUUUUCAGAUGGUCA